AUGGCCGAUCAGGAACCGUCCACUUCCAACCCCAACUCCUCCCCCAGCACCCCCAGCAAACCCAAGCGUGCUCCUCCCAAGCUAGGCAAGAAGUCCCCAGCCAAGCAAGAACAGACCCCGCCUCCUUCUGAGCAGGGACAAGAUCAAGAGCAAGAACAAGAGCAAGAGCAAGAGCAAGAAGAGUCCCAACAACCUCAAGCAGAAGACGCCGACGAGGACCAAGCACAGCCCGAGCCGCGCGAGCAAGAGCCCGACUCAGACGACCAGAACGAAGACGAGAACCAGCAGAACGGCGCUGAGCCCGAGCCCGAACCCGAACCCAAACCUCAGGCUCAACCCGAACGUCGUCGCCGCAAAACGCGCCCACCCCAGCGCGUGCAAGACUCAGACAUUGAAUCUAUCCCGCGCAACGACAUGGACGCCCAGCCACAGCAGCGUCAGCGCACCCGCCGCACGCGCCAGCCGCAGCAGCAGCAAGGCCAAGACGGUGGCCCGCUCGGCGGCCUCGGCGGCGUCGACCAGGCCGGCCAGCUAGUCCAGAACACCGCGGGCAAUGCGCUGAACGGGGUCACCGGGUCGGCGGGCAAGGCCGUCGGCGGGAUCCUGGGCGGCGGGCAGAAGGAGGAGAAGGAUGAUGGCGGCCGUGACGAGCAGUUGCGGCUGCGGCUGGAUCUGAAUCUGGACAUUGAGAUCCAGCUGAAGGCCAAGAUCCAUGGUGAUCUGACCUUGGGAUUGCUGUCAGUAUCCUUCUUUCCGUACACCCACUCCGACAUACUUUGCUUGAUCUGA